AUGGACCGCAUUAGAAAGAUUGCUAAAUUUGCAGAGAUGGAGUAUACAUCGAAGUCAGUUCUGAUUGAUGUGAACACACAACUCAGGAAUGCGAAUAAGCAGAAGCGUACGCAGGAUCAACGGAUUUUGUCAAGAACUAGAGUAUUGACAGCGGAGGAAGCUCAAGAGCUCAAGCGCAAAGCGGAGCAGAAGAUUAGCAAGCCACCCGCCAAAAGAAGAAAGCCAAACUCAAUCUCAUCAAAACCCGGAACUCCUACCGGGUCUGCAGACAUGCAGUACAAUUCUCCUUCGAUCAUAUCUCCCACUGUCCCUCAAGCAUAUCAAAGUAGUCUGGCAACGAGCUCCUUCUACCAAACUCCUACAAGAUACUUUAGUGGAUCCCAAAGACCAAAUGUCCAUCUGAAUCAAAGUCCUUACCUUCCGUCACCUUCAUUCCCUCCUCUGCCUCCUGAUGCAAGAGUUUCCGCAAGCAACCCCAACAUCAUACUCUACCCACCAAUCUUUCCUAACCUGAGCCCAACCGCACCUUCAUCCAACCGGGCAGAUACUGUAUCAUCUACCAAUGUGUCCGCGACGAGAAAUGCGUCUGCGCCGAGCGAAAUCUCCAGGAGCGAUUCCAUUGAAGGUAGCGGAGCAGGUCACACUCAAUUGCCCUAUCAAUAUCUCAAUUAG